UAGAAAAACCACAACCAAAAUGGCGCUUUGACAUAUCAAUGUUUUUCUAAAAUUGGUAUUGGAACUUAAAUUCUUUGGAAUUAAGUAAUAAAUGUAGAAUAUCUAGUUACAAACAAGUUAAUUUAUCAUGUCUACCAAUAAUCUAUCUUCAGUUUUGAAAUCCUGUUCGGAGAGUGAGUUGAUAAAUGAAAUUUCCGAUACCAGCAUGACACCAAAGCAAGUAGAGGGAUCUCGAUUAAAACGUACUUUUACAUUACCUCGUAAUCCAUUUGGGACAAUUAAACCUUCAGUUAGCAAAAAUAAAACUAACGAAAGCGAUAAACUUUUUAAUUCCAACUCGGAUGCUAUUGAUUCUCAAAAGGAAGCUGUUACUAUUGAAAGGAAGUUAUUUAGAAGGCCAUCAUGGAGGAGAUUUUUGAACAAAAUAGCACAGCACAUGAGCACCGUAAAUGUUUCUAGCGUUAAAUCGGCACCUCCUGUUAUGAAUGGUGAGAGAGUACCGUGUAGUGGUGACCCACCAUGGCCUCCAGGAACAACUCCUGCUGCCACUGGAAUCAAGAAUCAUGGAAAUACAUGUUACAUGAAUGCUGUACUACAGUGCCUUUCACAUACUGAUGUUAUUGCUGAAUAUUUUGUAUUAGAUCAUUAUAAAUUGGACCUUCAAAAACGAAAUAAAAUAAAUUCAAAAAAAUAUGGGACCAGGGGAGAGAUUACAGAACAAUUGGCAGCUCUCUUGAAGGCACUUUGGGCAUGUCACUAUACAUCUGAUAUGAGCACUACAUUCAAGGGAGUUGUUGAACGGCAUGGAACUCAGUAUAGAGGAAACAAUCAGCAUGAUGCCCAGGAAUUCCUGUUUUGGUUGCUAGAUAAAGUCCAUGAAGAUUUAAAUACGGCCACAAAGAAGAAAUACAAAACUAUAAAGAAUACUUGUGGCAAGCCAGACGAGGUAGUUGCUGCAGAAACUCUAGCCAACCACGCUCGCAGGAACAGCUCAUUUGUCCAAGCUGUGUUCCAAGCUCAGUACAGGUCAGCAUUGACAUGUGCGAAGUGUGAGAGAACAUCUUGCACAUUCGAUCCAUUUCACUGUGUGAGUGUACAGUUGCCUUCAAGACUGGCAACUGCUCAGCCAUCACCUCUCCCUGUAAAUGUGGUGUAUGUGAACCAGCAGCCUCGGCAAGUACGUAUCGGCGUGGAACUGUCACAGAACGCGACCAUGGACGAUCUCAGGACGACGCUACACAAUGACACCGGCAUCGAACGCGAUCAUAUCAUACUGGCUGAGAUUAAUGAGAUGGGUUGGUGCGUGGCGCGCGCGGGCUGGGAGGCGGCGGGGCUGGACUGCGGCGCGCUGUACUGCGUGGAGGCGCCGCCGCUGCUGCAGGCUCCCACCACGCCCUACCUGCUCCUGUUGUGGGUCAACCUGCUCGAUGGAGAGAGGUUUGGUUCGCCAUAUGCGAUGCAAGUGCCUCGCGAGAUAUCGUACGAGGACCUUCAGAAGCUGAUGCUGAAGGAGAUGUGCCAAGUAGUCGCCGAGCGCGUGCUGGAGAACUCGCAGGGCAGCGACAUAUUCAGAGCGCGCAUCGCCGAGGCGCACCGGCCUAAAGAUUCAGCGUAUUUGCAACCAGAGUUGCCGCACCCGCUGUUCGCGCUGGCGGUGGAGCAGGCGCUGUGUGCGCACGACACGCACCCGCACCUCCGCCUGGAGCUGCUGUGGGACGCCGCGCAUAGAGACAGUAUCAUCCGGUCGUCGGAGGAGGCGUGCGAAGUGCACGUGUCUUGCGGCACGGUCGCGCCGCUCACCCUACACGCGUGUCUGCAACACUACACCAGAGCGGAACAUCUGGCGCAGGAAGACGCCUGGAGAUGUCCUCAAUGUCAGCGGUAUAUGCCGGUGGUCAAGACGCUCGGACUCUGGUCCUUGCCCGAUAUUCUGGUUAUUCAUUUGAAGAGAUUCCGACAGCAAGCUAAAGGCCGGACCAGUACAAAAUUAACAACUAUGGUUGAGUUCCCGUUAAAUGAUUUUGAUAUGACACCGCACCUUGUAAGGAGGAACACUACCAAUGCAGACUCGCCUGGCCAUUCCCGCUCUCCGCGACGACGGCAUUCUAAAACAUCCACCAGUCCACAGGAAAAUAUGUAUGAUCUUUAUGCUAUCUGUUACCACCACGGAGAUGACCUCGAAACGGGUCACUACACUGCCGCUUGCAAGAAUCCAUACGACGGUCAUUGGUACAAAUUCGAUGAUUCAAGAGUGACGCAAGUUGAUGAUGACAAUGCUUACAGCGAACUCGUCAACAACACCGCGUACAUGCUAUUCUAUAAACGCAAGAAACCUAUCGUAACCCACUCUUGUUCUGUCGAUGAUCAAAGUGUACAUUGGGCGUUACGUAUGCCUAAGUUCACUAAACAAACAACCGAAUCUUUGAAUGAUAUAACGGAGAUAAAGGAGGAGAAUGUGGAAGAUGGUAGAAACGAAAUUCUGAAUAAUGAACCAGAGUCAGAAACUGAUAUUACUGCUCCCACCCACAGCCCGUUGUCUAGAAGUGUUGAAAGCUUGCCAGAUGACUCUAUGACUGAAGCACCUUCUCCUGUGAAACAAACUGUUACUACUGUAGUUCACAAUACGGCUUCCAUUAUUAGGUCUCCCACACUCCAGCGCCCGUUAUUAGUGGAAGUGAAUGGGAAUAAAACGAACGAAGAUGCGAAUAAAAACGAAACGACUGUCACUAUCGAACCGUAUAUUCAUAAAGACGUACACGUCAAUCCUAAAAUGACGCCAGUGGACACUAGACGGCCGCGAUCAGUUGACUACCCAUCCAGGUCUACUACAUCUGCUAAUAGUGACUCGAACAGAAAUUAUGAGAGCUCUCCACUGGUAGCGAGCAUUAAUGGCGUUGAAUAUCAUCCCACCACUGAAGAUUUAAUGCUUUCCAUGUUUCAAGAAUCUAAAUAUAUCGUACCGAGACAUGGAAACCACAUUGCUGGCGAAUCUCAUCCAUCAAGUGAAAAAUCAGCUGCAUGGCAAACUCGAAUAUCCACAUGAGAUCAGCUAAUGUCGUCUGGUGGAUGUUCUCGAUCAUCACCCGUAAUUUCGAACUUAGAUCUGGUUUCGCUUAGUUGACGUUAAACUUAUGAUUAAUUUUAAGUGUAAUUGCUGUGAAUGUAAGUGGUUUAUUACUCAUGAAUUUUUGGGCGACGACAAUGCGAUUUUAUAUAAAAUAUUUUCAGCUGUAGAGCUCUUAAUGAGCAGAGGCUUUUUGUUUGCUUUAUUUAUUGUAUUUUAAUCAUUGUUUUUUAGUUCUUACGUAUAAUUUAAUCAAGGGCAGCAGUUAGUUUUUUUAUAUGGCAAUAAAUGUAAUUGAUGAAAUCAUUGAUAAUUUUGUAUUGAAAGAUUGGAUUGUGUAUAUGCAUAUACCAAAGGUUGGUUGAAAAAUAUACUCAAUUAAGAGGAAGGCGUCUGUAUGGUAAAAUAUGGCAAAAUAUGUAAUAUAACUCGAAAUCAUGUUAUACCUAAUAUUAAAAUAAAAGGACCAAGACUAGCCCGCUUACUGCAGACGGUCUUCCUCCCCAGACUAAUAAAAAAAAUUAAGAAGAAAUAGUAGUGCUGUGUAAUGAAAUUGAUGUGUUAGGUUUAUAUUCUAUAUGGUAGAUAUAUCACCACAAAUAAACUGUACUGUAGUUAGUGGGCAGAAUUAUCGAAUUAUCUAACAAAUUCCACAUUUGUGCCUUGGCUCUAGGGAUGUUGUGAUUAUAAAAUAAAAUAAACAGAAUACAUUUACUGACUUACAUUCGGAAUAACUAGAUAUGUAUAAUUCGUAUAGCAGCGUAUUUAUUGGAUUAUGUAUACAAAAAUUAAUAUUUUUUUUUGUGAUAUAAAGCAAAACGUUGGUUUGUCUUAUUGUUUGAUAAAUACGUGCGUAUUAUAAUGCAAUUUUAUUAUGGCAGUUGCUUGUGAUUUGUAUUAAAAUUUUCUUUUAUACAAAGUUUUGUAUAUAAUGGUCUUUCUUAUGUUUUUACUGGAAUAAUAUGCAGUAACUGAUCGGAUAUAGCACUUUAUUUAGAUUUGUAUACAGCACGAUAUGUGAUUAUUUUUUAUUUAUUGUAGAUUUUAUAUAUUGGCGUUCGUUUUAAAAAGACAUUUUUAAGUGUAUAAUUGGUUUUCCAUAGGGAAUGGCCUAAAUUCGUACCUGUGAUUUGCUACAUCAUGUCUGUAGCUAUCAUAUUUGAUAUACGAAGUAUAUAAUAGGGUACGUCGGCGACCUACACUUUAAGGUGGGAUGCCCGCCGUUAAUUGUGACUUUAACAUCAAAUAAGAGCCGUCGAUAGUAUUUAGACCAACUUACCUCUUUUGAUGAAGUCCGCUGAGAUUUUUUUAUAUAUAAGAUAGGUAUAGAUAGAGAUUUGUUUUUCUCUCUUGACAUACAAAGAUUAAUAUUACACCUUUAUUCCGUACCGGGACACAUACCUAAUAGUUACAACAAAAGACUUUCAGUUGGAUAGCUCAGUGAUGGAAUUGAGAUUUUAUUUAUUGAAAUUUAGCCUUUGUUUACAAGAAUUUUAAUUAACAAAUAAUCUUGAGUAGUAAAAGGGCUUCAUGUAUGUUUUAUAAAAUCCAUCGAAACAUAUUAAUAUUGUACGCAGCGUUGCUCAAUUUGAUGUUAAAGUUAACUUGAUAUAUUCAAAUAUCUUUAACACAAAGGAAUACUUAUGAUCUUUAGGGAUAGAUGGUUUGCUCUCAUAUUGUGAACUGUUCGUGACUACCAAUACCAGUUUGUAAUUUAAGCAUGGAAGUAGGCGGAGUGCAGUUUCACUUAUUUUAAAUUUAAUCGAUGAGGCGGCCAAUGCUCAUAAGAACAGUGUUACAUCAGUCUGAUACGCGAUAUCAUUCAGAAAAAAAAAAACAAUUUCUGUUCGUAUUUUGCCAAUAUACUUUAGAGGAAUU